AUGUCCGGGGAUUUAACAAUCCCAUCAAAGUUAAGUAUUGCAAGGAUCUCAUUGCCGUCCAUAACAUUAAACUGCUAUGUAUUCUGGAAGCUAAGAUUAACCUCGCUUCUGUUUCUGACUCCUGGUUCUCUCUCUCAAUCCUUGUUUGAGAAUGAGAAUCGUUGUGAUAAUUUUAACCAUUCUACGCCGGGUAGAAUUUGGGUUAAAUGGGAUGCUGAUCAUGUGUCUUUCAUUCCGUCCUUCUCGUCUUUGCAACUCAUCCAUGGGCUAGUUGGGGUUGGUUCUUUACCCCCUUUCUAUAUGUCUGUUGUUUAUGCUGCCAAUACUGUUGAUGAAAGGAAAGAAUUAUGGAGAGAUCUUCUCAACAUUUCCUCUAAUUUGAAUAACCCAUGGAUCAUUAUGGGUGACUUCAACUGUUUUAGGUUUGAUGGUGAAAACGCUGGAGGUAUUCCUUUGUCUAAUGAUAGAUUGGGAGAACUUAAUAAUUUUGCUUUUGAUGCUGGAGUCCAAGACCUUGCGUCUGUUGGGUUAUUUUUCACUUGGUUUAAUCAAAGAUGUGAAGAUCCUAUUCACAUCAAAUUGGACAGAAUGAUGGUUAAUUCUUCUUUCCUGGACACCUUCCCAACGGCAUUUUAUAAAGUAGACUCUUUCUCUGGUUCAGAUCAUGCUCCUCUCAUCCUUAAUGCCUCUCUUUUCAAGAAAUCUGCCUCCAGGUUCAUGUUCAAGGAUUUUUGGACCAAGUUUGAUGAUUUCUGGGAUUUAACUCUAAGAGCCUUUGAUAGACCAUUUAAUGCUAGUCCAAUUGCUGUUUUUUAUAACUGUUUGAGAUCUCUCAAGAAUGAUAUUCGUGGAAAGAAUUGGAAUUCUUCUAACUAUAUAUCUAGCGGCAUUCUGGAGUUAAAGAAUGCUCAUCUUACUUGUCUUUCUAACAUUCAAAAGGAUCCAUUAAAUGUUGAUUUAAACACCCAUCUGAAACAUACUAGUGACAAGUUGGCUCUUUUUCAAUCUGCUUGGUCCUCUUGGAUUUCGCAAAGGGCGAAAGCCUGCUGGCUUUCUCAAGGAGAGGACGAUCUUGGUUUUCUGUAUGCCAAGAUUAAAUCUAGGAAGAACAGAAAUAUGAUUAAAGAGCUUUCUACUCCUUCUGGGGUAAUUUCUUCUCAUGAUGACAUGGCCAAUGCUCUUAUCAAUCACUUUAAGAAUCUUUUUAAUGCUCCAUCUCCUAUUUUGGAAAAUUCUCAUUACCUUCCUGUUGGUAAUUCGGUUCCUUCACAUCUCUUGGAGGGUCUUGUGCAGGCUGUUUCGAAUGAGGAGAUAAAGAGAGUUGUAUUUGAUGGGGUUCCUUCUUCAGCACCUAGUCCGGAUGGUUUCUCAUUUGGCUUUUAUCAAAAAACUUGA